CGGCACGGAGCCCUGCGAGACCCCCGGGCUCUGCAGCUCCUCCGGGCGCUCCCGGGGCCUCUCACGCGCGCGGGGACCCGGCCGGCCGUGUGUUGGUUUCCCGCGCGCCGCUCGCUGGUUUAGCGCGGCCCUUGGCAGCUGGAGGAGCUGCUCCCGCCUCGGGAGGCCGCUCGCGGUAUCCCCAGGCUAAAAAAAUAAACAGUUGAAGUCCUCUUUAUGAAACCAUUUCUCGGUCAAGUGUAACUUUUGAUGUAUGGUCUCUAAAGCCCCCCACUAUGCCAGCAGCUACUGUAGAUCAUAGCCAAAGAAUCUGUGAAGUUUGGGCUUGUAACUUGGAUGAAGAGAUGAAGAAAAUUCGUCAAGUUAUACGGAAGUAUAACUAUGUAGCUAUGGACACAGAAUUUCCAGGAGUAGUUGCAAGGCCUAUUGGAGAAUUCAGAAGCAACGCAGACUAUCAGUACCAACUCUUACGCUGCAAUGUCGACUUGCUAAAAAUAAUUCAACUAGGACUGACGUUUAUGAAUGAGCAAGGAGAAUACCCUCCAGGAACUUCAACUUGGCAAUUUAAUUUUAAAUUUAACUUAACAGAAGAUAUGUACGCUCAGGACUCUAUUGAACUGUUGACGACAUCUGGUAUCCAGUUUAAAAAGCACGAAGAAGAAGGAAUUGAGACACAGUACUUUGCAGAACUGCUCAUGACAUCAGGAGUUGUAUUGUGUGAAGGAGUCAAGUGGCUUUCCUUUCAUAGUGGAUAUGACUUUGGCUAUCUAAUCAAGAUCCUGACAAACUCCAAUUUACCUGAGGAAGAGCUGGACUUCUUUGAGAUACUGCGAUUGUUUUUCCCUGUCAUCUAUGAUGUAAAAUAUCUCAUGAAGAGUUGCAAAAAUCUGAAGGGUGGGUUACAAGAAGUGGCUGAGCAGUUAGAGCUGGAAAGGAUAGGACCACAGCAUCAGGCAGGAUCCGAUUCUCUACUCACAGGAAUGGCCUUUUUCAAAAUGAGAGAAAUGUUCUUUGAAGAUCACAUUGACGAUGCCAAAUAUUGUGGCCACUUAUAUGGUCUUGGUUCGGGGUCAUCUUAUGUACAGAAUGGCACAGGAAAUGCUUAUGAAGAAGAAGCCAACAAACAGUCAUGACACGAAAUGAAAGGCCGUCUUUUUGACCUCCACAUGCUUGUAUAUAGGUUUUAUCUCUGGUUGAACCCCUUGGACAAUUAAGGCUUUUUCCCCCCUUUUCUCAGCACACUUUCUUUUCUGCCUUUCUAUGUACUAAACUUGACUGUUCCUAUCACAGAUUUUGAUCUUAAUAUUGAUACGUAAAAUUUUCUGGGUUACAUUUUGGCCUCUUAACAAGCCCAUUUGUAAAGAAGCAUGUAUAGGAUCAGUGUGGCAGAGAGAAGGGGAAAGUUGAAUCAUAAUGAAUAUUCUGGUAAACUUGCCUACAUCAUUCUUCCAGUUUUUUGUCUUUCCCCUCCCUUUUCUAAAUUAAUUGGCUCUGAUUAUAACUAACUUCCCCCUUCAUGUCUAUUCUUUCCAGUAUGCAGGCGUUUUAGCUAUUCAAGAUUGUGGACCAUCAGAUUUGCACUUUAGAGAGCGACUCUGACUCAGAUCCUCUGUUUUAUUUGAAGUUUGUUUUGGUUUUUUCUUUUGCCCUCAGCUAGAAAACAAUCAUCUGCCAAGUUCAGCAGCUUCAAGCUGUAGUUUCUUGGUAUCCCAACCCACACAACGGGACUUAUUUGCUGCAUAAUCUCUAUUUGUUCAAGCAAAACAAACUACUGAAAUCAUAGCAAUUGCUCUUACUUUACUAGUGUUUGGUCAUCCUCCAACACAUCCUGCACAUGUCAACUACUGGUUGGCCUGCUGCUUUAAAACUGCUCUGUGAUGGGGGAAAGAGGCUUGAAAAACCAGCUUUACACCCUUCAGGAGAAGAACAGCUAUGACUUUAGCCUUUUUGCCAUUAAGCUGAGAGUUGAAGGAUAAUGGAAAAGUCGGAGUCUUGUAAUGGCACAUUUCCCUUGAUUAACCUCGUGGCUUUUAUCCUAGUAAUGUACACCUCAGAUAUUUUUUAUGAAGUCAUAUUUAUUAUGUACUUGAUUUCAUGAAUUUUGUAAGUCAGUUUAGUUGAAGAUGAACCCCAAAGAUCUGAAAAAUACUAUUUAAUUGAAUUAUUGAAUUAGAAGGACAAUUAAAUCAUGCCUUUUUGUAGUUGUUACAAAGACAGAUGUUACAGAUAUUUGUUGUAAGACAACAAAAUAUAAAUAACUUCCAGCUAAUAAAGUUACCUGAGGCGUGUAAUGCUAGUUUAUUUUUGAGUAUAUCUUACAAUAUAUUUUAGCUAUAUUGUUUUCAAGGACCCUAAGGUAUGUUCUUAAGUCUGCAUAGCUUGUAUACAGAGCAGUUGUGCAGGAAGGAUUUUUGGUAUUGAAUAGCUAAAUACUAGCCUGGAAUGAUGGAAUGCGUGACAUUGUGUGUCUGUGUGUGUGCGCACGUAUGUGUGUUUGACACGGAAAUCAAUGGCAGAAAAAUCUCCAAAUGUUCACCAAUUACUCUGUUUUAUCUUGUACUUAAAAGCAAAAAAUCAAACACCUUUUUCUCAUUGAAUUAUGAUGAUGUAACUGGGCGGUCCUUUUUAAACAAGUAAUUUGCAUAACAGAGGGUAUUUGUUUUUAAAGCUUUUGUAAAUAAAGGCCUAAGAAAUGUUUUCUUACAUAACAA